AUGGCUAUGGAGAUGAGAACUUUCGAAGCCGUAGUCGGUAAAUAUAACCACCGCCGUAAUGAUAAUUUCUUUCUUCCUCUUUUCUUCACUUUUUCACUUUGCUCUUUUCUUUCUCUACAACUACCGGUUAAGUCCUUCAUCAUUCCUCUUUUUUCUUUCUUCUCUCUUUCUUUUCAGACUCUCAAUAAUUCUACAGAGAGAGAGAAAAUGGAUCAGAAGAUAGAUUAUGUAUUCAAAAUAGUGUUAAUAGGAGAUUCAGCAGUUGGGAAAUCACAGAUACUCUCAAGAUUUGCAAGGAAUGAAUUCAGUUUAGAUUCUAAAGCAACUAUUGGUGUUGAAUUCCAAACUAGAACACUUGUUAUUCAACAUAAAAGUGUUAAAGCUCAGAUCUGGGAUACUGCUGGCCAAGAAAGAUACAGAGCAGUCACAAGCGCAUACUACAGAGGAGCGGUAGGGGCUAUGCUGGUUUAUGACAUAACUAAACGCCAAAGCUUUGAUCAUAUUCCUAGGUGGUUAGAAGAACUACGAGGACAUGCAGACAAGAACAUUGUAAUCAUACUCAUAGGGAAUAAGUGUGAUCUUGAAAGCCAGCGUGCUGUUCCCACCGAGGAUGCCAAGGAAUUUGCUCAAAAGGAAGGACUUUUUUUCUUAGAGACAUCAGCACUGGAAGGAUCUAAUGUUGAGACUUCCUUCUCAACUGUUUUGACUGAGAUCUUCAACAUUGUUAACAAGAAAACGCUCGUUGCAGAUGAAGAUCAAAGCAAUGGAAGCCAAGCACCCUUGACUGGGAAAAACAUCAUUGUCCCUGGCCCUGCACAAGUAAUUCCCAGUAAGAGCAGUAUGUGUUGUUCAUCUUGAUCUUAAUCUGAUCAAAUUUUUGGUUUGAAGUCCAAUAUAUCUGGUAUUAGGAUUGAACUGGUUGUUAUUUGUGUCUCUCUUUGCUUAUUCUUGUAUAUUUUGAUUGUAUGGUAAAGUUUCAGAGGGAUAGAUUGAUUUAUGUAUUAAGAAUGGAAAACACAGUGGGAAAUGGUCAGAGCCGAGUCAUUGUCUAUUUUGAUGUUUCAGUACUUUCUUUAAAAUGUAUUUUUAGUACUUCUAGGUGGCUGCUUUUAGGACCACCUGCCUAUUUGGGGA